AUGGUACAGUCAGUGGGCAUGAUGGCGCUGGCUAGGGUCGGUAAACAUUGUCGGUCAUUGGUAUCCUCUAAAGGACUGUUAUGUGGUGGUGUACAGCCCAGCUGGAUUGAAAGCGGCGUCGGAGCUAAGAGGUAUCUGCUAUCAGAUGAUGUUAUUAAACUACAAAACUUCCAGCAAAGGAAGCUGGCCGUGCCUUACCUUCUCAGUGGAUCCAAAGAAAAUUUUUUUGAGCUCUUCAGCCAGAAGCUGCAAGGAAAAGAGCUGAUCAUGAGAGACGAGCUGAAGCUUCUCCUUCACUUGUGCCAGUCUGCAGAUGAUGUGGCGAUAGCCAGAAAUGCCAUUUAUAGGUAUCACCAAGAGAACCAGAACUUUGCAUUUGGAGAGUUCAGGUUUGGUCCUCUCUUCGUAAGGCUGUGCUAUGAGCUUGGACUGGAGGACUUGGCUGCUGCAACACUUACAGAUGAGAGUAUGAGAGGAUUUUUCAACGACGCAACAUCCUUUAAUAUCACCAUGGACAUGUUAUUCAUGAAAGGCUCUUAUGAAGAUGCCUUGAAGGUACUAGGAACCAUGAGGAGCCAAAAAAUACAAUUCAAUAAAGACACAAUGACACUGGCAUGUGGCACCUGCUAUAAAUUGAACACCCCGGAGUCCUACAAGAUCUGCACUGCUCUGAUAGAGGAGGCACAGACCAAAGGGCACUUCAUCCCCAGACAUGCUUACUGCUUUGCUGUAGCAUUAGCACUGCGACAGAAUGACAUUAAAAGGGCACAGUCAUUAUAUUCACAAAUCAUGAGCCCUGACAGCAGAUUAUGCCAAAAUUUGAGGGUGCUAAUACUGGCAAAGUCAGGAGCAGUGACAGAUGCCAUUUCCAUCCUGUCCUCAACCAGGUCACCUAAUAGCCCCUCUUUUGUGAAGAAACCUCAGUUUUCUCAGGAGGUGGUGGAUGUGCUGUGCUUGCAGAGUGAAGGCCAACCCCACAUGAAGAAAGUGGAGCAUAUAGUUACUCAGCUUAAGCGAGCUGAUCAGGUGAUCAAGCAGACCCUCGAUGAUAUGCUCUGCCAGACACCCACAGGGAAGAGGAAACCAAUAAUGGAGGAGAGGAGGACAAGCCGAAGGACCCUGAAGCCACUACACUCCACUCUGCUGUCAGAGUGAGAGAAGCUGUAUGUGAGCCCCUUGACUAAAAUGUCUGUUGUGAGGCUGAACAGAGCUGGUCAAAAAACACCUUUUGUGGCUAGAGUUGACUUUGUCACAAUUGCUUUUUCCCCCUCUCCUGGAACAGACGCAGUCAUCCCUAGGCACAAUAGACAUUUGUCCCUUUUUGUAAUCCCUUUGCAAAGUUCAUAAAAAAGGUCACAGUUCAUGUUUGUACUGCAGGCAGUUCAAAGCUGCUGAUAGGAAACUACAGUUUUGUAUGGGGUGGUUUGGAAAGAAUGUGAUGUAUGUAAAAAUGUGAAUACGUGAUUAAAGAUUAAUCAGAUA